AUGCUUACAUUAAAUUCGUUUUUUCAUGCUGUGCGUUACGCAUUGGAUAAACUUGAAUACGAAGAUAUAUUCCUGAAAGUUAAGCAGUACCAGGUGUUGGCGUCGCUGUUGGAAAAACGAGAUACUGUUGCGAUCCUACCAACGGGUUACGGGAAAUCAAUAAUCUUCCAUUUAUUUCCUUUUGUCUACGAUCAUAUUAACGCUUCUACAUCGAGUCACGGACACGGAUGCGCUGUUCUAAUCGUCACGCCCCUAAAUUCUUUAAUUAGCGAUCAAACAUCUAUUCUCAAAAAACGUGGAAUUGAAACUGCCGUUCUUACCACUACGAUUACGUCUUCCGAAAGUCGCACUAAGUCCGAAAAUAAUGCAUCGGAUAGUGAAAGUGAUAAUGAAGAGGCACCAGAAACUCAAUCCCAGCGGUUGUCUACUGAUGCAAAAACCAAGGAAAAUAUCGAGAAAGAGAACUUCAAGAUAAUCUUUGCCCACCCCGAAGCGUUCAUUUCGUGUAGAGAAGGUCGACGAAUUCUGAUGUCCAACAGUCUUCAGCAACGUGUCGUUGCGAGUGUGAUUGAUGAGGCACACUUAGUUGAAGAAUGGGGACGGGAAUUUCGUCCUGAUUUCCGCAAGUUGGCUCAACUAGGUUCUAUAUUUCCAAACGCACCCUUCCUUGUACUUACCACUACAGCGCCUGUACAAAUGAGAGAAGAGCUUAUAUGCACACUACACCUUGAGAAACCCCUUGUUGUCGUUGCCAACUUAAAUCGUCCAAACAUUUUUAUUGAAAAAAAAAAGAGAAAACCAACAUCUGCUAAUGAAGAAAGCUUCGAAUCUAUAUUGCUUCCAAUUGCCAAAGAAUUGAAGGAGAGUUUAAUUAAGUUUCCACUUACCAUCAUUUAUCUUCCUCUAAAGUGGUGUGGUUAUGCAUUCAAACUUUUUCUGGAGGAACUGGGAGAUAAAAGCUAUGUCCCUUCUGACGAAAGGAUUCCGAAAAACUGUCUGUUUGCUCAGUACCAUUCCCCACAAACUGAAGAGAUGAAGCUAGAAAUACUGUCGCAGUUGAAAGAUAAUGAUUCAUCAAGAAAAACAAGGGUUGUUUUUGCAACAGUGGCAAUAGGCUUGGGUGUAAACAUUCCAGAUGUCAGGCAAAUUAUACACAUUGGUGCCCCGUGUACACUGGAGUCUUACUACCAAGAGAUUGGUAGGGCUGGUAGAGAUGGCAAGCAAGCACGCGCGUCUUUGCACUAUAACGGCCAUGAUAUUGCAUCAAACAGGCGUGGGAUGACAGAAGAAAUGCGCAUGUUUUGUCGUGAAAAUACUGGCUGUUUGAGAAAUUUAAUUUUGACGUAUUUGGGGUCAAAUAAUUUGACAACAACGAAGGAAACUGACAGACACUUGUGUUGCAGUAAUUGUUUAAAUAUGUGCGAGUGCAACUCUUGCCAAGUGGUGGAACCAUUACAUGAAGCAUUAGCAAUAGUUGACCUGCCUGAAGAGUCACGCCACCCAGGCCCACAGCCAAGCUGCAAUAUUUCGAAAAGUCAACGGGACAAGAUAAGAACAUUGAUGAGAGAAUACAGGCUGAAAUUGGGUUCAGAGGGAUAUCGAAUGGGAGGAAUUGAUUCAAGCACUGGACUGACACUAAAGCUAAUAAUAGAGUCAAUUGUGGACAAUUUUGAAUUUGUAAAGUCGGCUGAGGAAAUGGUCAAGACAUUUGAGAUAUGGGACAUUGAACAAGCAAACAGUUUAUUCAAAAUUAUCACUGAAGUUUGCCAAAAUUAA